AAUAAAGAUUUAUUUAAAGAGAAACGAGACAUUUAUGCUUUUAAAAACCUACCUUUAGAAAAAAAAAAGAAAAAAUUAUGAAUUUAGCAUUAAACGAUGUGUUAAUUUAAGUGAUUUUGUUGUUCAGAAGCCAACUAUAUAUGAUAAAACUUGUCAGUAGAAAGACCAACUAAACAGCUAUUGAUUUUAUAAAAAGUUUACAAUUGCAAAGACUAAACAAAUAAAACAAUCGUGUUAUCCUAGUUUUGAAGGCGAUAAUGGUUCAUACAAAAUCUCUAAAAAGUAUUAAAAAUAACAAGUUACACUUAAAAAUUAUUGCUUGGGAGAAUAGACACAAAGAGCUUGGAGAUGAGCUUGGAAAUGAAGCGUUCGGAAAUGAUCUUGGUCUAAAGAAGCUUGAAAGAAAUCACUCAAACAACAAAGAAGAAAAGAAAAAGGCAUCUGACGUUCAUACAUUGUCUAAAAAUCCUGUAAAACUUUACAAAGCUUCAAAUAAUGGAAGCAUCAAAUUUAAAAAUAACGAAAAGCAUCUGGAACCUUCCGAACUUAUUAAACAGAAAGAAACACACAAGAGUCGUUGUAAAGAAUUUUUUUAUAACGAAUUAUAUAGACGUCCGAUUUCUGAAACUUCUGACGACGUUUUUGAAUGGAAUGAAAAUGAUUCUGUUAAAAAUAAAAAUAAAAAAAUAAAUAACGAUUCAGAUAAACACCAAAAAACCGGUAUAAAAGAAAAUGGUUUUGUUAAAUAUCAUAAUAUUGGAAUUAAGGAAUAUGAUUCUGUUAAGUAUAUUAAUACUGGAAUAAAAGUAAAGCCUUUAAAUGUAGCUGAAAAUGAUAAAUCUAUACUAAAAACAGACACUUCAAAGUUAUCUAUGAUGUCACAUGCUAAUAAUUCGCAUUUAGAGACCAAGUAUUUUAUCCCUGAUAAUAUUUCAAGUGAUUUUCUAAUAGAAAAUAUGCAUGCGGCAACAGUAAGUUGUAAAGAACGUAGAACUCGAUCUCACACAGUAGACAAUCAUUCAGAAUCUUCAUCAACAAAAAUAAUAAAAAAGCCAUUUUAUUUCAAAAAUCAAUUUAGGUCCUCCUCUUAUUCCGAAUCAGAUAGAAAAAGAAUCAGCAGUAAUGAUCAAAAUAAAUGGAAUAUUUGUCAAGAUGAAAGUAUUUAUCUACCCUGCGAGUCUAAAUAUUUGCAAAAGUUUUCAUCUGAAGAAACCUCAAUUAGAUUGUCUGCACCUUUAAAAAAGCAACAGACUUUUUAUCAAGAAUGUUCAGAAGUUGCAACUAGUUCUUUACGGUCAUUGUCUAUAACUGAAAGUGAUAACCAGCAUUAUCGACCCCAAUUAGGUAACUUGACGGUGAUUCGGAGGUGUUCAGCACCGGCUCUAUUAAGCGCUGAUAAAUUUUUAACGACGAAAUCGCUAACACCAAGCGUCGAAACAGUCAAAACCAACAACCGUCGUAAAAAUUGUUAUGUUGAUGAACAAAAUAAUAAAAUAUUUUACGAAUUCCAAAAGUCUAAUAUUGACGAAGAAAACCAUUUUAAAGUAAUGCAAGACAAUAUUCAAUCGCCAUUAUUCAAUAAAUGCGAGUUAGAUAAUAACAGUUUAAAAAAAAACGUUAAUCCGGUAUUCAAUAAAAAUUUCAUAAACGAAAAAGAUAAGAUGGAGGAUAUUCCUAAAUCUAAAAGAAAAGUGUCUCAGCAAAAAGAUUACUCUGAUAAACAAGUAUCAAGUAUUGAAACUACACCCCACCACAGGACUAGAAAGUUUAGUUUACCAGAAAUUAGUUAUAAUUCGAGUUCAAAAAAAGAUGACGACGACGAUGACGAUGAAACUCACGUCAACUUUAGUUCUAAAGCAAAAAAAAAACUAUUUAACGAUUUUCUAACUUUUAAACGAAAAAGUGCAGAUGACUCCCACCUUGUUAAAAAAAAAAGUUUCGAUGACUAUUACAUGAGUAAAAUAAAUGACUUUAAAAAAAAUUCAGAAGCAUACUCAAGAAAACACUCGUACGAUUCUAGAACACCAGAAACGGAGCGCAAAAUAAGUUUAAGUGAAUCAUUCAAAUCUGCCAUGUUUCGGCGCACUGGUCUGCAAGAGGAGAGAAAAACUUCUCACGAUGAAAACAACAAUGAAAAAAGAGUCAGAAAAGACAGCUUAAAAAGAUCAAAAAAAGAAAGGAAACUAGCUUCCGUUGAAAAUAACACUUGCACUAAAUCAUGUAAAAAUCUGCUUCCAAUAAAUUGUGUUGAAGAUAAAACAAAAAAGAAUGCUUCUGUGAAAUCUCAUGAUAAAUUUUCCGAUGAAAUCAAUCAAAACUUAAAUUUAUCACACAUAAAUAAAAUACAGAAGAACAACAAUUUUCAUAGUUGUGUGAUUCCACCUUUUGAAACUUGGCCAAAUAAAAAAUUAAAACAAGACUCUCUGCCAUUACUUCAUAUUGCUGCAUCAGAAGGAAAUCUGGAUCUUUUAAACACACUCCAUAAUAUAGGAGUUGAUAUUAAUGAACUUGACGAUUCUGGGUGGCCCGCUUUACAUUAUGCCGUUUGUUCUGGGAACUUUGAAGCAGCACAAAUAUUAAUUGAGUAUGGAGCCUCAAUAAAAGAUUAUUCUCUGAAAGUAACAAACAACUACUGUGCUACUGUUCGAAGCUGCAUCCAGACUGCGCAUAUAGAAAUGACACUUUAAUAAAUAACUACUUUUUUUUUAAAAGGAAAUAUUAGCUGUUUUUUCAAAUUGAAAAGAAUUAUGUAACUCUUUAGUUUAUUUCAUUAAUAUUUUUAGUUUUUUACAUUUUUAUUUUAUGCAUGUUUUGUUUAGUUUGUAA